AAUGAUUCCAGUGCUGCUGGGCGUUGGCCAUGAAUCAAUUCUUGUCGGGCAACGACGCGACCGACACCAUGGAAAUCGCGCAGCUACUGUCGUCUAUCUUCUCGGGCUCCUAUUUGAAGGGAAACGGCGCGAUCGCGAACAUCUCCACGGACGUGGCGGCGUUGCACGUGGCAGCUAUCUCGUCGUGGACCCUGCUUCUGACGGUCAUGACCUCCGCGGACGUCUACAAUUUGCUCGCGAGCGGCAGAACUAACAGCUACAUGCCCUCGCUGAAUCGACUGCGCGAACUGCUGGAAUCACCGCAUCUCGACGUACGCCUGUCAGCCGGCGAGGCGCUGGCGGUGAUAUUCGAACUCGGUCGUGAUUUCUCCUGCGACUACGAGCAGAAUUGGGCGCUCGAGCUGACCGAAAUUCUCAAGGAACUCGCCACCGAUUCGAACAAGUACCGCGCUAAGAAAGAUCGCAAGCAGCAACGCGCUAAUUUUAGAGAUAUUCUGCGUUACAUCGAG